AUGCUCAAAAACAUACCCCCAUCAACAGUAUCACUUCUAGCCUCUGGCCCUCGAGAUGAGUAUUUGUCAUUCAACAACAUCGAUGAUAUAACGAGAAGCGAGGCAGAAAUCAGAUGUAUGACGCAUUUUGGCGCCGUUCUUGCCAAAGUGAACAGCGCGGCAGAUAGCGCAACCCUAAGUAGUAUAAUCAACAUAUAUGGAGGUAAAAAUGUUUGGAUUGGCGCCGAAAAGAUUGGCGGUAGUUGGUACUGGCACAACGAUGGGUCUUUAGUAACUUGGACUAACUGGGAUAGCCCCGCGGGUACCAAGGACUGUGCCUAUGUGAAUACCCAGGACAUGGCUUGGAUAAACAUAGGCUGUCAUGAAAAAGCUCCUAUUGUAGCCUGUAUGAAAGUUCAUGAAGUCUAUGAAACUACUGGACAACAAUUAUCAACUGAACCUAGAGCCGAAACCACUACUGAAACAACAACCGCACAGCCCUGCACUGUUUCGUCGAGGUUGAUUACAACCAGAUAUGCCAUUGAUAAAAAGGCAGUAAACAUCCCAAACGCAAUUUGUCGGAAAUCGAUCAUCGCUAGAUCCAAAUUGGAGUGUGCAACUAAAUGUUUGCAAAUUACCGAUUGCAGCUGCCGAGCCUUUCUAUUUAACAAAUCUGACCGAAAAUGUACUCUGCUGGAGUCGAAGGUUCAGUUGAGUAGUUUUGUUGUUGACGUUGGUGUUGUUUCUUAUAUUGAAAUUGAUGAUUUUCAAGAGAACACCGAAACAGCGAAAGGUUUCCAGGAUGACUAAAACCUCUUAUACACUUAUUCAUUUUAGGAACCACAAUCUCUUCUAUAUCCCUUGGAAUAGAGAGACAACCUUUACAUAAGGAUAAACUCUCAUAAAUCAAAAUUAAAUUUGUUGUUUCUAUAUAACGACCACAGAUUCGGGGCUGAGUUAUAAUAAAAUUAUGUUAUGGGAGGUUUUGGAUAUUGGAUAUGUCCUA